AUGAGAGCCUUUGGUAUCAGCACAAGGUACUGCUAUUCCUGUGUCAUCAGUGACCACCCCAAAAUACAGAUCAAGAACUCAACUUUCUGCAUGACUGCCUAUCCCAACUUGACAAUGGUUAACUUCACCAGCCAGGUCAAUAAGACAUUUGUCAGUGGGAGUGAAGAGUAUUUCAAGUACUUUGUGCUGAAGAUUUCUGCUGGAAUUGAAUAUCCUGGGGAGAUCAGGUGGCCACUAGCCUUCUGCCUCUUCCUGGCUUGGGUGAUUGUGUAUGCGUCCCUGGCAAAAGGAAUCAAGACUUCAGGAAAAGUGGUGUACUUCACGGCCACGUUCCCGUAUGUCGUGCUCGUGAUCCUCCUCAUCCGCGGAGUUACCCUGCCCGGAGCCGGCGCUGGGAUCUGGUACUUCAUCACACCGAAGUGGGAGAAACUCACGGAUGCCACGGUCUGGAAGGAUGCUGCCACUCAGAUUUUCUUCUCUUUGUCUGCCGCGUGGGGAGGCCUGAUCACUCUCUCUUCCUACAACAAAUUCCACAACAACUGCUACAGGGACACGCUCAUUGUAACCUGCACCAACAGUGCCACGAGCAUCUUUGCCGGCUUCGUCAUCUUCUCGGUUAUUGGCUUCAUGGCCAAUGAACGCAAGGUCAACAUUGAGAACGUGGCAGACCAAG